AGUUCACCUAUUCUCUCUCUACCCAUUUUCUUGUCAUUUCUUUUCUUCAAUAUUCGAUUUUGCUCUUCAUUCUCUUUGAAAUUUACAAACUUUGCAUCCUUUGCAAUCACUUCAGAGGGAAAAGUUUGUGAAUUUGAAUUCUGUUUUCCUUGUUUUCUUUUCCGUUUAUGGAAAAAUUGCCCUUCUUUUAGGUUAUUGUUUUCUAAAUGGAUGGAACUGAGGAUGAUGAUCUAAGGUAUCCCUCUAACCCAUAUGGUGUUAAUCACCAGGGUUAUGGCUAUCUGAGUCAUAGGAGACUUCCGGUUCGGACUUCUCAGUAUCUUCAGCCAGGUGCAAAUGAUUUUGUGGAACAUAAUGACAAUGCCAAUGAUAAUGAGGAGGAGAAGGAGGAUGAAGAAGAUGAAGAUGAAGAACAGAUAAUAGAAGAAGAUCAUGAUGAUGGUGAUGAUGUUGAUUCCCAAAGGAAUGCUGUCCCCAACAAUGUUGAGGAAGGUGAUGAUGAAGACAGGGAUGGGGAUGAAAUUGGUGGUAACAAUGAUGAUGGCGAGGAGGAGGAUGAUGAGGAGGAUGAGGAAGAUGAUGAUGAUGCUAAGCCGAAAAUAUAUAGCAUGAAGGUUGAUGAUGAUAUGGAGUGGCACCCGAAAAAGCGAAAGCUGAAGAGUUUGAUUUCAGCUUAUGAAUUUGCACCCCGGGUACCAGCGCCAUCGGCUGCGGCUCCUUCAACCCCUAAACCAUCUUCUGGUGGUAGGAACUCCCUUACUGAUUGGACCGAGCGCGAAACUUUCGUUCUUCUUGAUGCUUGGGGUGAUAAGUUUCUUCAACAUGGGAGGAAGAGUCUUCGGUCUGAGGAAUGGCAAGAAGUUGCAGAGAAGGUAUCAAAAGUUUCCAAGAUUGAAAGGAAAGAUGCUCAGUGUCGAAACCGGUUAGAUACCUUGAAGAAGAAGUACAAGAAGGAGAAGGCUAAAUCAGAGAAAAUGGGUAGUGGAACUUGCAACUGGGUUUAUUUUCAGAGGAUGGAUAAGCUGAUGUCCUCUCCAGUGCAGCAACCAGGUCUCUCAUGUGGUUUGGACUCCGGAGAAUAUGUGUUUACGAAUCCUCGAGUCUAUUUGAACCGCGGAAAUGGGUUUGAUCAGAUGAGGGAUAGUCCUGGGAAUUCUGAAUCCUUUGGCGAACAAGGUUCAAAUGGACAUAAACAUAAGAAAAGAAGGUAUGCAAGGUACAGCAACGAUGAUGCAUCCUCAUUCAGAUUGCUUGCUAAUUCCAUUCAGAAAUUCGGCGAGAUAUAUGAGAAGAUUGAGAACAGUAGAAGGCAGCAUAUGGUGGAACUGGAAAAGAUGAGGAUGGAGUUCCAUAAGGAUCUUGAAACACAAAAGAGGCAGAUCCUAGAGAGAGUUCAGAGUGAAAUUUCAAAACUACAUCAGAGAGAUGAUGAUGAGAAGGAGAAUGAUGACUAGUGUAAGGGUGGCAUUUGAUGUUCUGUAACAUUGUUAUGUGACAUACUCUGCUACAUUAACAUUAUAUUUGAAACAUUUUUCCCCUUCCAA